UACAUUUUCAGKAUCUAGCUUAACAAUGYCCAGCUWUGCUGCAUUGGCAUUCUUGUGCGUGUGUUUCACAGCAGUUUCUGCCAUGUACUWCCCUACAUGGGACUCCCUAGARAAACGUCCUCUCCCUCAAUGGUAUGACGAYGCCAAGUUUGGUAUCUUCAUCCACUGGGGUGUGUUUUCUGUGCCAGGAUUUGGUUCAGAYUGGUUUUGGGAGAGAUGGCAGAAAGAGUUCAAUCCAGUGUAUGUAAAAUUCAUGAAAGAUAACUACAAGCCUGGAUUUUCAUAUGCCGAUUUUGCACCGAUGUUCACAGCUCAGUUCUAUGAUCCAGAUGAAUGGGUUGAUUUGUUUGCAAAGUCUGGAGCAAAGUACAUUGUCUUAACGACUAAGCACCAUGAGGGCUGGACAAAUUGGAGGUCUAAUGUGUCUUGGAAUUGGAACUCUGUUGAUAACGGCCCCCACAGAGACCUUGUUGGUGACUUAGCAAAUUCUUUACGAAAUAGAACAAACCUUACGCUGGGAUUGUAUCAUUCUCUAUAUGAAUGGUUUAAUCCACUGUUUCUUAGCGAUGAAGCAAAUAACUUUACAACUCAAGAAUAUGUAAAGAACAUUGUGCAACACCAGUUGGUGGACAUUGUAAUGCGAUUCAAACCAGAGUAUGUUUGGUCAGAUGGUGACGAAAGCGCAAGUGCAGAUUACUGGACUAGUAAAGAAUUCAUUGCCUGGCUGUAUAAUGAAAGUCCAGUCAAAGACACAGUUGUAGUCAAUGAUCGUUGGGGUAAAGGUGUUUCGUGUCACCAUGGUGAUGUCUAUACUUGUCAUGAUCAGUACAAUCCAGGCAAACUGGUGAAUCAUAAAUGGGAGAAUUGCUUUAAAGUGGARGGGAGAUCAUGGGGUUACAGAAGACACAUUAAACUCAAUGAGGUCAAUUCUAUUGAGYCAAUUAUUMCACAYCUUGUAUCAACUGUAAGCUGUGGCGGUAACUUGUUGCUCAAUAUUGGCCCCAAUGCAGAUGGUGUCAUUGUUCCUGUAUUCCAGGAAAGGUUGCUUCAGAUGGGAGAGUGGUUGAAUGUCAAUGGUGAAGCCAUCUACAGUACUGUUCCCUGGCCUAAGGCACAGAAUGAUACAAUUACCAAGAACAUUUGGUACACCAAGAAGGAGAAAGUGAUCUAUGCCAUUUCACUGGAAUGGCCAGAUUCUGGUACUCUAAUACUUGGAGUGCCUGCCCCCACCAACAGUACCAUGGUGACCUUACUUGGUGGUAGUGAGUUGUCAUGGAGUCACAACGAACCAACUGGAAUCAAAAUUGUCAUUCCUAGUAUUCCAAUCAACAAGCUUCCAUGRCAGUGGGCUUGGACUUUUAAACUUGAGUUUAUUGAAUAGACUGAAGAACUCAAGAGGUUCACAACUUACCAGAACACAAGUAAAAAGAGUUUGUUGGAAAAUGUUUGUUGGUAAUGUUGGUUUUGAGACAGGUUGUUGGAAAGAGGUUGCUUUUAUUAGGUAGUCUCCAUCACAGCUUAUCCUUUUGUCUGACUUCUUGUCUCUCCCCAAAGGGACAGGAAGUCCUACAGAAGGGUAGGCUGCAAAGGAGACUAUUUAUUAGGCUGUUGGAAACAGAUUUUUACCAUUACAUUGUCUGGAAAAAGGUUUUCUGAAAAAAUGUCUCGAACUUCUUGUCAAAAGGGCUUGUGUUCCUCGCUAAUUGUCCUAUUACAAGCCACCAGAAUGCUCUUUCUACACUGUUAAGUUUUCUCCAACAGCCUGUAUUUUGAAACUUGUGUUUUGAUUAGUUGUGAUUACCAUUAUCUUUCAUACCAAAGCACUGUAAAAUAUAAACAUAGCAUUAAUGACAAAAUAGUUUUGUUAGUUAUYAUUUAAGGUCUGUAUGUUAUAUAGAUAGUGAUAGCGUUAACUACCAGUGUUCUUGUAGUCCAUGAUAUUGUAGAUUCAUGUUGUAGUGAAUCCUGUGGCAUACACAAUAAAAUGAUUUCAAAAGA